AUGAAGAAAAAAAGAAAUUUUUUUAAAUUUCUCGUCUGUUUCACGGACAGGAGAAAUGAGAAUAACACUAAUAACAUCAACAACAACAACAACGACAACAUUAACGUAAACAACAACAUCAACAUAAACAACAACAACCUAGACAACAUUGACAACGGCUACAAUAUCACCGACGACACCAACAAUAACACCGACAGCAGUAGUAACAACACUAGCAAUGAUUUUUCCAAAAAUUUUUCCACAACCCCACUCAUAAAAAAUUCCAACAACAACAACAAAACAUUAACAGCAGCAACAAAUAACAAACCAGUAACCAGAACUGCAACAACAAUCAGUGAUAACAUAACAUGCCCCUACAGACUAACUCGUCAUGCUAAACAUAAGAAACAAAUUCACAGCAACAGUUGUAGCGAGCAUUGCUUCAAUAACAAAAACAACAACAAAACCAUCAACAACAACAACAACGAUAAUAGCAAUAUAAACAAUACUAAUAUUAAGAGCAAAGAUAUAAUAGUCGAGCGGAUGGGUAACGAUGAUAAUGACAAAAAAAAGCAGCAAAUAUUCUACAGCACGCCCUGUAUCAACAAGCACAUUUCUUUUUUCAAACGACCGGAAAUGACGUCGAUGUCAAAUAUGGCGGCCACUUCCUCUUUUUCAUCUGCCGGAGUCUCCUCAUUGCAAGAGGUUUAG